AUGACGACCCAGCUCCUGGCCACGGAGUUAACGAAUCUCAUCCAAGAAAGCAAGCGGAAACACAAUGACCUCCGACAGGCUGCUGAAAAGUCUCUUGAGGAACUCAAAGGGCUUAGAGGUGCUAAUGAAGCUCAAGCUGCCAAUGAGCUUGCCCAGAGACCCAACUUUGUAAACCCUUUCAUCGUUGCAUGUGGCACCAAGAAUGCAAAGUUUACGGGAAUCGCCAUUGUGUGCCUUCAGAGGCUCAUCGUCGCCCGUGCUCUUCCUAGGGGGAAGCUGAACCAGGUCCUCGAAGCUUUGCGUGAGGCAACUUCUGCUGGUCUCGAUGUCCAACUCAAGAUCCUCCAGGCUUUGCCGUCGUUACUGCAGAAUUAUGCCACUGAUCUGAAGGGUGAUCUACUCAUCACCGCUUUGAAUACUUGCUUCAUACUGCAGUCCAGCAAGAAUGCCAUUGUCAACAACACCUCGGCGGCAACCUUGCAACAGCUGGUCGUGUCUGUAUUUGACAAAGUUGUGGCAGAAGAUAAAACAGCACCAAACGGCCCUCCCGCGGGCGAGGCGCAAUCUGGUGGUGGCACAGUUGAGCUGCGCGCAGCGGCGUUGGAUGCGUACAGGAUAUUCAACGACCUUUGCCUCAUGACUGAGAAUCAGCGCCCCGAGUACUUGAGAUUCUCUGGACUGCCACAAACUUUCGGGUUGGAACUAAUAGAGUCUGUUCUGACCAACCAUGCCGCUGUCUUCUCGACCCACAAAGAACAAGCACAUAUCCUACAGAUUCGGGUCAUGCCCUUCAUUACUAGUGCACUGAAAGGAAAGCCCAACUUUGCCACGUCGGUUAGGCUGGUGCGGAUUUUGUACACUCUCCUCAGACGCCACAUCAACAUCCUCCCAUCUGAGAGCGGGAAUGCACUCGAUAUCCUGACGCAUCUACUGGACCAGGACACGGCAACAUGGAAGAGAGCACUGUGUCUAGAGGUGUUUCGAGGCAUCUUCUCGGAGCAUGCCCUUGUCCGUCGGAUAUUCGUCAACUACGACGCCAAAGAGGGCGAGAAGGAUGUUCUCAAACAUUUGACCGCGACCUUUGUGCGGCUUAGCACCGAGAAGCCGUCCGUUAUUGGUCUUGGACAUCAGUCGACGAUUCCGGUUAUGAACCCUUACGCCAGCAUCGCAUCAUCAACCGAUCAAGCCAUGCUUGAGGCCAGCGGCGUCACGGGUAUCAUCAGCGGUUCCGUCAACGCAGACGGCUCCAACGUUGGCAUUAGCACGCAGUGGAGCAACGUCCGAGUACCCUGCAUCGACCAGCUUGACAAAACCGAGGCACCAUCAGUUCCAGAUUCAUAUAUUUACAGCUUGACUUUGUCUUGCAUAUCGUCGCUCUCCGAAGGUCUCGCCAAGUUCAUCCUUCCACUUACCGUACCAGGGGAUAGCCGCAAUCGAAAGAAGAGCGGAAAGCAAGAAAUUGUUCGCGACUCUCCGGCGUCUGCCCAAGAUGAUGCCGACGGCUCACGGGCUGCGUUGGAGCGAGCUGCAUCAUUCAAGAAGAACCCCGUCCCGCUUAAUCCUCUCGCCUUAGAGGAUCACCCCAUGCAUAAAGAAGUCAAGAUUUGCGCCGCCAUCAUUGAUGAAUGCUGGCCAGCCAUCCUUGCUACCUGUUCUACGUUCCUCUAUGCUGCUAUGGACUCGGAGUACUACCAUAGUCUAGUAAGAGCGUUUCAAAAGUUCGCCCAUGUCGCUGGUUUGCUGCAACUAUCCACACCGAGAGACGCAUUCUUGACAACGCUGGGUAAGGCGGCAGUACCGCCGAAUGUGUUCACGGCGUGCCUGAAUGCUGGGCCCGCUCGACCGACUACUCCAACACCGACAACAGAAGCACCCAACAGUAUUCUGAGCAACGCACGGGGGUUGCUUAGUGUCGAUAGUCUUGUCAAUCAAUCUUCACCCGUCGCUGACAGGGGUAGACAACAAGGACUUGAGGGCAGUCAAAUGACGCUCAACACCCGCAAUCUUCUGUGCUUGAGAGCGCUCCUCAACCUUGGUAUUGCUCUUGGCCCGACUCUUGGCUCGUCAUGGCGGAUCAUUCUGGAAACCUUGCAGCAAGCUGAUUUCGUCCUGUUCUCCACGAGUAAGACUCCAGGUCGAACGCCACUUGCAACAAAGGGAACGGAUCAACAUGCGGAAAGCGAAGCAAACGCUUUGCUCUCCAACUUCAGCAGCGAAGUCCGCGCUGUCGAGACAGCAGCAUCUCGUCUCAUCGAGAGCACGAUCGAUUUCCCCAAUGACGCCUUUGCGCAAGUCGUUGAGGCAGUAUGCGACCUCUUGGAAAGGGCAAAAGACGACAAGCAGAAGACAGAGAAUGCAGCGCAACCGAAAACGCCUACGUCGGGCGGAAUGAAGCCGUCGCAAGCAGUUCAGCAUCGCCGAGUCCUCAGUGUCUCUACGGCCGCUGCCGCGGGACCAAACCAGGAAGACCACUUCGCCUUGGCCAAGCUGGGUGACAUUGCCACGAUCAACAUCGACCGUUUGCUAUCGUACUCGCCGGACAUAUCCGGUUGGACACCUCUGACUUCCGAGCUGAUUCAUAUCAUCAACGCUUCCUCAAUGAACGCUUCUGUAAGGCUGCGAGCGGCAGAGAUUCUCGUCAGACUGGCCUUGGAUGCGGCCAAUAUUGCGGCCACAAUGGAGCGCGAGCAAUGUGGUCAAGUUCAGCUACUUCUCCUUGAGGCCCUCCGCGAUGCUCUCUUACCUUUGCAGCAAGAAGACAGGGAGGUCACCGUCGCCAGCCACGGCACUGAUGUCGAGAUUCAUAAGGUCAUCCUGGAAGGACUGAAGAACCUUAUUGAAAACUGCGGCGAGACGCUCGUCAGCGGCUGGGAGAUUGCUUUUGAGAUCAUCGGCUCCAUCUUCAUCGACAAAAAGUUCGCCUCCGGAGAACUUCGGGGCUCCCAGACAAACGCUCUCAUGACCCGAUCAGCGAAGCUCGUCCGAUCUUCUUUCAAUUCCCUUCAACUCAUCUGCUCCGACUUUCUAGCGUCCUUGCCAAAUUCUUGCUUUCUCAUACUUGUCGAUACCCUUUACAAAUUUUGCUCACAAGAUGAUGACCUCAACAUUGCGUUAACGACUGUCACGUUUUUCUGGGUCUUAUCGGACUUUCUUUCCGGAAAGACUGAGACCCUCCCCGUCACCGCCGGCCUGAUGCAGGGUUCAAGUAUAUCUGACCUGGAAGCCUUGGCUGCAAACUCGGAAGACAUCGCCUCAAACGCCGCCCUCUGGAUGCUGUUACUUCUGAGGCUCACCACAGUGACAGCUGAUGGACGACUGGAGCUACGCAACAGCGCAAUUCAGACCUUGUUGAGAAUCUUUGACGCGUACGGUGACAAGUUGAGCCCAGAGGCCUGGUCCACCUGCGUCAAGUCUGUCGUGUUCAAGCUUCUUUCAUCGAUAGAGGAAGAGCUUCAGGCCGCCGCGACCGAUAGUACCACCCUGCAAGAUCGCAAAGAGUGGCACGAGACGGCAGCUGUUGUAUUGACGGGUAUCUCCGAGCUCCUCACAACCUACAUGGAGCCCCUGUCCACACAUUCCUCCUUCAACGCCCUGUGGCAGGAACUUCUCGGUCAUUUCGCGACUCUGCUCGACUUCAAGGUCCUCGCUAUCAAUACGGCAACAUACAAGGCACUUGGCAAGGUCAUCAAGCUCGACUACGGCCCCGGCAGACCAAUCUUCGAUACCAAUACCGUCAACGCGGCAUGGGAGCUGUGGUCUCGCGGGACGCCCGUAUCCCUGGACGAAGAGGACGGCAAGAAGGCAGAUAACCAAAAUUGCCUGAUCGCCUACGUGGCGGCUUUCCACGAUGUGUACCAACUUGUCCAGCAAGACCUGACAGUAGACCGGGUCCGCCAGAUGUUGACACUUUUCCGAGAGGCCCUGCAACAAGCCACAGUGGGAGCCUACGUGAACGACAUUGAGUACGUCACGCCGCUGCAGAACCAUGUCAUGGAGGCCAUAAAGAUGGUGCGAACCGACCUCACUGGCGUGCCUUCGGCCAUGAUCUCCCAGGUGGCGGAAUUUGUCCGCCUCGCUUUCAGCGACGAGGCACUCAAGGCGCAGAGCGCGACACACCGGAGGACCUACGUGGCCAUGUCGAAAGUCAGCAUGUCCAUUCUGCAAACCCUUAUCCUCCGCAACGCAUCCGACGUGGACAUUUAUGCCAGCGAGGCCUUCUCCUCUGCCCUCUCGGCGCUCUCCAAGCCCGUAGUCCUCAAGUACGGCUUCCCCAUCGUCACCAAGUCAGCCCAACCAUGGCGUCUCGCGACAAACUCGAUCCUCGCCAUCUUGGAAGCUACGCUCCCUCAGAUCCGCGCCCUGGAAAUCCCGCGCUCCACGCUCCAGGACAUGUGGCAAAUGAUUGUCGGAAUCGCCGACGGCAUCGUGAGCGCGAACACCAACGCCGCGCCCACGUCUGCAGACCUCUCAGACGACGAGUCGUUCGACAUCAUAUCCUUUCACAAACUCCGCGAACUCAUCAUCCCGUCCCUGGGAGCCGAGGCGAUCCCAGACAAGACCCGCAAAGCCUACGCCGAAAGCCUCUUCCGGACCUCCAUCAUCCACGACCCUUCGCCGACCGAGUCCUCCCUCCUCUUCGGCUCUAGCGCCGCGCCUGGUGACGGCGCCAACGGCCUCGCAGCGCUCUACAAAAAACGCACCGGCCGCACCGUCGACCCCCUCCCGACCCGCCGCGAUCGGAUGGCGUAUGUUUGCGUCGACGAACUCUUCUCCCUCGUCUCACCGUACGACGUCUCAAGCCUACGCAUCGUCGUCCAGCCGCCCACACCCGCGUUCCCGCCCCCGCGCUCCGCAACCUCCCACCUCUCGGAGGCGCCGCAGGCCCUGCACAUCCGCAUCGCCCGCACCGUCGCGCCGUUCUUGAUCCUCCGCGCGGCGCUGACCGUCCGGGCGUACAUUGCCGACCAGCCACUGCGAGGCCGCAUGCCGCAGCCGUUUUCGCAGCGCAAGGAGCUCUUGCGCGUACUGCGGCAGCUUGUCGACUUGACUUCCGAGUCGGAGGCGAUCCCGAGCACGCCCAACGUCGACAGCGAGGGAAGGAAGCACCUGCUACGGCUGUAUCCCCUGCUCGUCAGUGCCGUGCAGGUAGCGGGCACAUCUGGGGAUGAGGCGGUGUUGAAGCUUUGUGUGGAGGCGCUCGAGGUCGUUGGUGGUGAGUUGGGUGUUUGA